AUGGGCUCCCAAACCACCUUCCCCCACGUCCCCGCCCCAGGCGUCUGGUGCCCCGCAAUCACCUACUUCGACCACUCCACCGACACCAUCGACUUCGCCUCCCAGAAGAAAUACUACUCCUACCUCUCCACGACCGGCCUCACCGGCCUCGUCAUCCUCGGCACAAACUCCGAAGCCUUCCUGCUGACGCGCGAGGAACGCCGCGCCUGCAUCGCCGCCGCCCGCGAGGCCGUCGGCCCCAACUACCCCCUCAUGGCCGGCGUGGGCGCGCACUCCACCAAGCAAGUGCUCGAACUGAUCGACGACGCGGCGGCCGCGGGGGCAAAUUACGCAUUGGUCCUUCCGCCCGCGUACUUCGGCAAAGCGACGACGAUGGGCGUCGUCAAACGCUUCUUUAAAGACGUUGCGGCCAAAUCGGCACUUCCCGUCGUCGUGUAUAACUUCCCCGGGGUGUGUAAUGGCGUGGAUCUUGACUCGGAGACGAUCACGGAUAUUGUCCGGCAGAGCGCCGCCGAGAGACCCGAUGGGAAGAGUAACGUCGUCGGCGUGAAAUUGACCUGUGCGUCUGUCGGCAAGAUCACCCGGUUAGCGGCUACGUUUCCGCGCGACGAAUUCGCCGUUUAUGGUGGGCAGUCGGAUUUCUUGAUCGCUGGGUUGAGUGUCGGCUCGGCGGGUUGUAUUGCUGCGUUCGCGAACGUGUUCCCUCGUGUCUCGGCGGAGAUUUACCGGCUGUGGGAGGCGGGUAAGAAGGAUGAGGCGAUUGAGUUGCAGAGGAAAGCCGCGUUGGCGGAAUCGCCGUGUAAGAGUGGGAUUGCGGCGACGAAGUAUGCUACGGCUGUGUUUACGGCGCCGAGGGCCGGGAUUGAGGGUGCGGAGGAGAAGUUGAAGCCGAGGACGCCGUAUGAGGAGCCGGCUGGGGCGGCGAAGGAGGGGGUGCAGAAGAUUAUGGGGGGUGUGGCGGUUUUGGAGAAGGGGUUGUAG